AUGAAGUUGCUCGGCCACAUUUACUACCAUGUGGAUGCCUCUUCAAAGCCUGGUUCUUUACCUCCCAAUGUCUCAGCUGCUGUCAAUGGUGUCGCCUUCUCUGGUACCCUUACAGGACAACUCUUCUUUGGCUGGCUUGGUGACAAAAUAGGCAGGAAGAAAAUCUAUGGCAUGACCCUUAUGCUUAUGUGUAUCUGUUUUAUUGCUUCAGGCCUUUCUUUUGGUAGGGAGCCUGAGACUGUCUUGACCACCCUUUGCUUCUUUCGCUUCUGGCUUAGUUUUGGAAUUGGUGGUGAUUACUCCCUUUCUGCUACUAUUAUGUCUGAAUAUGCCAACAAAAAGACGAGGGGUGCCUUCAUCGCUGCUGUUUUCGCCAUGCAAGGAUUUGGGAUGCUUUUCAAGGAACCAACUUAUAAGGUGGAUGUGCUUGGUUCAACAGUUCCUCAAGCAGAUUAUGUGUGGAGAAUUAUAUUGAUGGUUGGGGCUCUUCCUGCUCUUCUCACUUACUACUGGAGUAUGAAGAUGCCUGAAACUGCUCGUUACACUGCUCUUGUAGACAAGAAGGUUCAGCAGGCCACUGUAGAUAUGGAAAAGGUUAUGAAGGUUGAAAUCGGGACAGAGAAAAAAGAGCCUAAAGUUUCUGCAACUAGUGCUGUAAAGUCCAACAACGAAUUUGGUUUAUUCACGAAACAAUUUCUUAGUCGACAUGGACUUCAUUUGCUUGGCACAACCAGCACAUGGUUUCUUCUUGAUAUUGCAUACUACAGCCAAAAUUUGUUCCAAAAAGACAUCUUGAGUGCCAUUGGAUAG